ACAGGAUUCCACGUACACGACGAUCGCUGAAUUAGUAGAAAAUACUACCCGGCAAUCUGAGAACCGGCAGUUGAUAGCAAAAGAAGGGGCGAGAUAUCAACUCUGGAAGCUACGAGUCGCAGUCAUUACUUGAAAAUGGCAAGCUUGGACGGCCAAAGCAUACGUUUGACAAUACCAGUGCCAAAGAGCCCGAUAACUGGGCCUCCACCCGUCUACGCCCGUGAAGCGGGCCCUAAGGAGGAGAUCGUAUGGGUUUCCAACGUCGAACCGGUUCCAGUGUCCGACCAUAUCCCACCCCAUACCCCACUUCCAUUGGAGACAAAGAUAGACUUCCCCUUCCCGGCUGAAGCUCUCGUCGGGACGAAACUGGGAGGGCCUAUGACCGGACUUGAUGCUACACCAAACCAGAUGAUUGGGCUGAUGGAUGAUCAGCUUGGGGCAACCAAGGCUAACGGUCAUCAGGAGGAAGGGACAGAGGAAGUAGAUGUGUGGGAACCGCCCAAAAUUGAACAUCAGGGGGUGAAGUGGUCAGAUUUGACCACUAGGGGCAAAGUCCGGCGAGUCUUGGUCGAAUGGCUACUGAAGCCCCUCUGUAUCCUGGCCCUGCUGUACCUCUUCAUUUGCUCCCUGGAUCUGAUGAGCUCUGCUUUCCGUCUCCUUGGGGGUAAGGAGGCCGGGCGAGUCCUGAGCGAGAACGAACUGCUGAACAACCCCAUCUGCGGGCUGAUGAUUGGCAUCCUUGCCACUGUGCUGGUCCAGAGCUCCAGCACAUCCACCUCCAUCGUUGUUUCCAUCGUAGCCGCUGGAAUUCUUGAAGUCCAGCCUGCCAUUUUCAUCAUUAUGGGCGCCAAUAUCGGCACCUCAGUCACCAACACCAUCGUCUCUUUGACCCAGUCUGGCAACCGCAACGAGUUCCGCCGGGCAUUUGCUGGUGCCACCAUCCACGACAUGUUCAACUGGCUGUCUGUCAUAGUUCUCCUGCCCAUCGAGGUCACCAGUCACUACCUGUACCACGUGACAAAUGCCAUCGUGGAGGCCUUUAAUAUCCAGGGGACAGGCGGGGCCAAGGUGGAGCUGCUGAAGGUGUUGACCAAGCCCUUUUCAAAGCUCGUCAUCAGUAUUGACAGCAAAGUUGUCAGCAAGAUUGCAACAGGAGAAUUGAAUGCCACUGAUGCUAAGCUAUUAAAAAAAGGCAACUAUUUGUUCCGAUACAUUGCCGAUGCUGGCCUGUCAGAGAGGGCAGUGGGGGGAAUUCUACUCGUUGUCUCCUUGACCAUGCUCUGCAUCUGCCUGGUCCUGAUGGUCAAGCUCCUCCACUCCUGCUUGAAGGGCCGCAUCGCUAACAUCAUCCAGAAGACCAUCAACUCAAACCUGCCAGGCCCCUUCUUCUACCUGACCGGCCUGCUGGCCAUCGUGGUCGGGGCGGGUGUCACGUUCAUCGUGCAGAGCAGCUCUGUGUUCACCUCUGCCAUGACCCCGCUGGUGGGCCUGGGAGUCAUCCGGCUGGAACGCAUGUACCCGCUGACACUGGGCUCCAACAUAGGCACCACUGCCACUGGUAUCCUAGCCGCACUGGCUAGCGCAGACGGCAAGCUGGACAGCAGCCUCCAGAUUGCCCUUUGCCACCUUUUCUUCAACAUCAGCGGCAUCCUCCUCUGGUACCCUCUCCCCUUCAUGCGCAAGGUGCCCAUCUUCCUGGCCAAGACUCUGGGCAACACCACGGCCAAGUACCGCUGGUUCGCCAUCUUCUACCUGGUCGUCAUGUUCUUCCUGCUGCCCCUGCUGGUCUUUGGCUUGUCCCUCGUCAGCAUCUGGCUCCUGGCAGGCGUCGGCAUCCCUUUCCUCCUCAUCGUGGCCUUCAUCAUCAUCAUCAACGUCCUCCAGCGCAAGAAGAAAUCCAUCCUGCCAAAGAAGUUGCAAACCUGGGACAGUCUGCCUGACUGGAUGCACUCGCUAAAACCCAUUGACAAAAUGAUCACCAAGAUCUUGGAAAUCGUGCGCAAGUGCUGUCCUUGCAAAAAGAAGGCCAGUGUCUCACUUAACUCAAGUUCAAGCAGCGGCAGACCUUUGAUGGUGGCAUACAACGAGCCACACAACACAACCAAAACUGAGACUGUACAAGCCCUGAGUAUCAAGUCCACCCUAGUAUAACGAACACCCUCCCCUGACCUGUACAUAUUUGUAAUAAUUCAAUUUUGUAUAAUGCCAUCACAGAAUGUGUGCAUUCUGUACCUUGACAUUUUUUUCCUGUGGAAAAAUUCUGUGCCAACGGGUGUGACAAUUACAUUUCCCGCAAACCCAAGUUGUCCGUCGGACAGUUUAUUGUAGCUUUGAGAAUGGAUUCUCUCAGCUUUAGAAACUGGUGCUUUAAUAACACAUUGUGAAGCGUUAAUUGCAGCAAAAGCAGAAUGUCUAAAUAAUUCUAUGGUUUUGCAGUGAAACACCCAGAAAAUGUUUGUAAAUAUGUUUCCUAUUUAAGUUGAGUUCAUUACUGUUAAUUUAGGUGCUUGUGAAACAUUUGGUGUUUUUUGUUUGCCACGUUGACAUUGUUAACGUUUGUUACUGUUUUAUUUCACACAUAUUUAUGAAGUAUUUGCUUUUCCCCCUAAAGUUGACAUUAUUUAUUCCUUGAAUUGCACACACCGUCAUACUGAAAUCAGCCAUGAUUAACAAAAACCAAAUCGAUAAUUUUAUUUAUUUUGUUGGCAUUAUAAGUUCACUAGCAGGUACAUGUACAUUGUAUUUAUCAAUAAUCCUGAAAUAAACCGUUGGGAGUUGUACAUGUACACUGAAUUAUUAUUGUGAACAGCACUUCACAGUGGUACGAGCCAAAUUAAUGUCACGAUUUAGCCUAUCACAUACACUUUUCUUUCUAGCAGUAAACUAAACAAGGGAGAAAAGCUUAACUGUGUUGGUUGGAGGUUCCAGUUCAAAACAUGGAAUUUUUAGCCGUUUGAACAGUAAAUAAAAAGAUUUAAAAAGAUACAA